GAGCUCCAGUGAGCAGAUCAGAAGGCUGGGGUUGGGAGCUAAAGAACAAGUACAAAUUGUUCCGUUGGCUAAAAACAACACCUGGGACGAGAAGGCAAGUUUGGAAGACUCCCGGUGGGCACUGGUUACUAUGGGUGAGAUGCAAGAUGGCUCCUGAGCACGCAGAUACUCUCCGCUCUCUGGACAGGUGACCUUCAUUCACACUCCAUACAGGAACCCAUCCUGUUGAUGCCUUUAGAGGGAAUGCAGUCCCCAGUCUCAUCUUUUCAUUUGUUUGUUGGCAGGUGCACAUUUAUCACACACUCGGUGUCGCAGUGUGUGGUUCAAGGGUCAGGGACCUGGAGAGAAGCUUAUUUUGCUACUCAUUACCCUCCGGACUGCCAAAUGCUUCCAUCAGAGGCCCCCGAAUCGCUGGAGCAUGCGUUAUGCCCCUCGCUGCCUGCAUUCAGUGAGAUGAGCUGUAGCGGCAAGCGCAGCUCCACACGAUGAAGCUCCGAAUCUUAAUGUCUCCUAAAAUGCUUGACUGGGUUGAUAGGAGUCUCUCCGUCAUGUGCCUGUCCUCCCAUCCUGAACAGAAAAUACACAGGCCCCGUGGAGCCAAAAUGAGCGCGCAGUGAGCCAGCGCAGCCUCUCGCCAGCCAUCCCCCGACGCCCACCAUGAACCACUUGGAGGGCUCCGCGGAGGUGGAGGUGGCCGACGAGGCGCCAGGAGGGGAGGUGAACGAGUCCGUGGAGGCCGACCUGGAGCACCCCGAGGUGGUGGAGGGACAGCAGCCGUCGCCAUCGCCCCCGCCGCCCGCAGGUCACGAGCCCGAGGACCACCGCGGGCAUCCCGCUCCGCCACCGCCGCCACCACCGCAGGAGGAGGAGGAGGAAGAGCGCGGCGAGUGCCUGGCGCGCUCGGCCAGCACCGAGAGCGGCUUCCACAACCACACGGACACGGCCGAGGGCGACGUGCUCGCCGCGGCCCGCGACGGCUACGAGGCGGAGCGCGCGCAGGACGCCGACGAUGAGAGCGCCUACGCCGUGCAGUACCGGCCCGAGGCCGAGGAGUACACGGAGCAGGCGGAGGCCGAGCACGUCGAGGCGGCGCAGCGGCGCGCGCUGCCCAACCACCUGCACUUCCACUCGCUGGAGCACGAGGAAGCCAUGAACGCCGCCUACUCGGGCUACGUCUACACGCACCGGCUCUUCCACCGCGCCGAGGACGAGCCGUACGCCGAGCCCUACGCCGACUACGGCGGCCUCCAGGAGCACGUGUACGAGGAGAUCGGGGACGCGCCCGAGCUGGAGGCGCGCGACGGCCUGCGGCUCUACGAGCGCGAGCGCGACGAGGCGGCCGCCUACCGCCAGGAGGCCCUGGGCGCGCGGCUGCACCACUACGACGAGCGCUCCGACGGCGAGUCCGACAGCCCCGAGAAGGAGGCGGAGUUCGCGCCCUACCCGCGCAUGGACAGUUAUGAGCAGGAAGAGGACAUCGACCAGAUCGUGGCCGAGGUCAAGCAGAGCAUGAGUUCGCAGAGCCUCGACAAGGCGGCCGAAGACAUGCCCGAGGCGGAGCAGGACCUGGAGCGUGCCCCGACUCCGGGAGGGGGACACCCCGACAGUCCCGGGCUGCCAGCACCUGCCGGGCAGCAGCAGCGGGUCGUGGGAACCCCGGGAGGCAGCGAGGUUGGGCAGCGGUACAGCAAGGAAAAGAGGGAUGCCAUCUCGCUGGCCAUCAAGGACAUCAAGGAGGCCAUUGAAGAAGUGAAAACCAGGACCAUCCGUUCGCCUUACACCCCCGACGAGCCCAAAGAGCCCAUCUGGGUCAUGCGCCAGGACAUUAGCCCCACGAGGGACUGUGACGACCAGAGGCCCGUGGACGGAGAUUCUCCGUCUCCUGGCAGUUCCUCACCCCUGGGUGCUGAGUCAUCAAGCAUACCCCUUCAUCCCGGCGACCCCACGGAAGCCUCCACAAAUAAAGAGUCAAGAAAAAGCUUGGCUUCAUUCCCAACCUACGUUGAAGUUCCUGGACCGUGCGACCCUGAAGACUUGAUCGAUGGAAUUAUUUUUGCUGCCAAUUACCUUGGUUCCACUCAGCUACUCUCAGACAAAACUCCCUCCAAAAAUGUACGCAUGAUGCAGGCCCAGGAAGCAGUAAGCCGGAUCAAGACGGCCCAGAAAUUAGCCAAAAGCAGGAAGAAGGCUCCUGAAGGCGAAUCUCAGCCAAUGACUGAGGUGGACCUGUUCAUCUCUACCCAGAGGAUCAAAGUACUGAAUGCGGAUACACAGGAACCUAUGAUGGACCACCCUCUGAGGACCAUUUCCUACAUCGCAGACAUUGGCAACAUCGUCGUGCUGAUGGCCCGCAGGCGGAUGCCCCGUUCUAACUCCCAGGAAAAUGUGGAGGCCUCUCACCCUUCCCAGGAUGGAAAAAGACAGUACAAGAUGAUCUGCCAUGUCUUUGAGUCUGAGGACGCCCAGCUGAUCGCGCAGUCCAUAGGACAGGCAUUCAGUGUUGCGUACCAGGAAUUCCUCAGGGCCAAUGGCAUCAACCCAGAAGACCUCAGCCAGAAGGAAUACAGUGACCUGCUCAACACCCAGGACAUGUACAACGAUGACCUGAUCCACUUCUCCAAGUCGGAAAACUGCAAAGAUGUCUUCAUAGAGAAGCAGAAAGGUGAGAUCCUGGGAGUUGUGAUUGUGGAGUCUGGCUGGGGAUCCAUUCUGCCAACCGUGAUCAUUGCCAACAUGAUGCACGGGGGCCCUGCAGAGAAGUCGGGGAAGCUGAAUAUCGGGGACCAGAUCAUGUCCAUCAACGGCACCAGCCUGGUGGGCCUGCCUCUCUCUACCUGCCAGAGCAUCAUUAAGGGCUUAAAGAACCAGUCCCGAGUGAAGCUGAAUAUCGUGAGGUGCCCCCCAGUGACCACAGUGCUAAUAAGGAGGCCGGACCUUCGCUACCAGCUGGGUUUCAGCGUACAGAAUGGAAUUAUCUGCAGCCUCAUGAGAGGGGGAAUCGCUGAGAGAGGAGGCGUCCGCGUGGGACAUCGGAUCAUCGAAAUCAAUGGCCAGAGUGUCGUAGCCACACCACACGAGAAGAUCGUCCACAUCCUCUCCAAUGCUGUUGGGGAGAUCCACAUGAAGACAAUGCCAGCAGCCAUGUACCGACUGCUGACGGCCCAGGAGCAGCCCGUUUACAUCUGAGCAGAAUCUCCGUGAUGUGGCGUGGUGUGGCGUGGCGUGGCAUGGCGUAGCGGCAUGCAUGGAGGACUCUCCUCACCGUGGUUGUGUUUUUUGUGCUGCACCCGUGUGUCCACUGAGACAUUCCCCUCUGGCGCCCAACAUUUGGUCUUACACGGGAAGAGAAGAAUCAGCAAGGACCUCUUUGCUCUCUGUCUCUCUCCAGUUUGUUUGGUUUUUUUCUUUCUUUCUUUCUUUCUUUCUUUUUUUUCUUUUCUGUUCCUUCCUUAAUACCAGGGAAGUUUUGUGUGUGCCCUCUUGAGGGUGGAGAGCAGCUAAUAUCUCCCUGGGAUCAUGGUGGAGGGCCUUUGGGGGAUGCCCACGGAGGUACCAUCCCUCCCCGGGAGACACAUACUUCCCUGAGGAAGUUCCCAGAGGCAGCGUGGAGGUGACUGAGCAGUGCUUAAAACUCAGUGGCUGAUCUCUCUGCCCUCCUCACCUCACUUGAUAGGAAAGGAGUUGGCAACAGAUGACAGCGUUGAACAUCCUUAAAGCCCACAUCUUUAAGGAUGUUCGCUGCCUGCUAUGUCAUUGGGGGCCCUGUACAUUAUUUCUGCCCAGAAUUUCUGAGCCACUUUUAAAUCUCUCCCAUGGUUUCUUUUAGUUGCAAUGUAUGUGUGUGCUAAUGCAGGCCUAACUGUUGAGAAAUGAGGAAGUGACACCCUGGAUAGGGCUGCUGUGACACCACAGAGAUCCUGGCAAAUCACAGGGCCUCCGAGGUCCCUAGAUUGUCCAAGGUUACAAAUUGGAGAAUAGCCACAGGCAGGUAUUACCCUCCUAAUGUACUUACUGCACAAGCUCUUACAUGUACCACACACACACACACACACAUGAGCCCUGCACACUGUCACAUUUGCCCUCUACCUGCUUUGAAGCAGGCUAAAAACCUAGCACCACAGACCCUGUGGAGAACCCCCAGCUCCUCUCUGGAAGAUCCCUUCCCCUAGCAGGUUGACAUAGGCAGAAAGCAGCCAGCCUUGUCCUAAAAAAGACACUGUCCUGGCCUUCUCUAUCACAGUUGGCUCAGAGUUCCCUCUAAGACUCCCCCCACCCCAUGUACACACUGGAGGUUCUUGAGGGUCAAACUGUGAUGUGAGUGCCCUAGUGUCCUGCUUCCCUGCCCCAAGGCUAAGCCAGCCUGGGCCCAUUCACAGCUACUAGUGAGGAUGUGAUAUUAUAAAGGCUAGAACAGAUAAGCCACUAAAUCGGGCAGACUUAACACUUGGUGGUGGGCCUAGAAUCCCCAGCUGUGCUCCCGAAACGCGCCCUACUGCCUUGUAGAUCUGGGAGUUUGCAGCUAGUAUGGAGGGCUUGGUGCCUCCAUCAGUUGCCUCACGUUGUGGAUCACGUCUCAGUCUAGUCCAUGUGUUUUAAUAAUAUCAUUCUGAGCCAGCUUCCACUUAUUCUUGGUCCAAAGAGCAGUUUGUUUCCAUGUGGGAUGUGGCUAGUUUUUGUUUUUGUUUUUGUUUUUGUUCUUGUUUUUGUUUUUUGUUUUGUUUCAUUGAUGACCUCAGUAGAGACAGGGGGGAAAAAAAACUAAUAUAUUUUGUAGUAUGAAUAUAAUCCCUGUUCUCUGCAUCUGGGAUAUUUAUAUUGUAUCUUUGGAAAUGGGAGUUCAGUGAGCAGUGUUGGGAAGGAUGGAUUUAUGGAGGGAAGAGAGGGGUCUGGGGGAGGGAGAGAUGUGAAUAGAACAAGAGAUGGAAUAAGGGGCUUCAGCCAGGGUGGGAAACAGCCAACCCCUGGGUUCUCUGACUUCAUGAAAUGUCUGGAGAGAUUUGGGAAAGCCCGGUGCUUGCUGGGAUCUGCCGUGAGCCCUCAGUUUGACUCUAGCACAAAAAGCCUCAGUGAUAUGAGGCCUCCGGCUGUCCAGAUAGCUGCCUGAGAAGGACCGGGCCUGCUGCUGCGAGAGCUAUGUGGAGUUAGGACCACAGAAGCCGGGCCAUCGGGACUUGAUUUUAAGGGUGUCUUAACAGAAUGCUCCUGCAUGGCCAGGCCCAAGGUCAGACCCCAGCAAAUGUGGAGACCAGGGGACAAGCCUUGGGUUUUCUUUAUAUCUGAAAUAAGUGAUCUGUCAGGUAUCUAACAUCACCACACACUGAAGGCUGUGGUCCAUCUCUCCUCUGCCAGAGAUGAUGGGUAGGACAAAGAGGGACAUUAUUGCUGCCAUCUCUGGCAUUGGGAACCUUGGUAAAGUCCCUUGACAGGCUUAUGUCCGUCUGGACAGGAAGGCAGAAGCAGGACCUCGGAGGCUAACCUGGGACCCGUCAGGGGCAGACCCCACCAGUCAUCACGCCCAGUCAUCACAAUGAAGUCUCUUCACCCCAGGGAAAGAGGAAAGAGAAUGCUUUCCAUUCUCCUUGCACAGGAAGCCUGGAAGCUUUAAGAGGGGCUCAAAAGCAAAGCUUCUCUUGCAAAGCUCUCCUAGGGAACUAAUAGUUUAGCAUCAUUGUAAGGAUUACUUAGUCUUUUGUGUUAAGGGAGGGUCCUCCCUCCCAGAGGGAAAAGCUGUCCCCUGGUCCAGGCCCCCUGCUGAAGCGUGUUCUUCCUCUGCUAGCAUCAGACUGAAUGGUUAAACUUGGGGUCAGGUCUUGUCUGGCAUCUUCAUAUACACAGUUACAUAUGUAAAUAUCUCAUCGCUCUCACUAAUGGGGCCGACUACCCACAGAGCCGCCUUCCUCGAACUGCAAGGCACAAAGCCACUCUGCCCACUCAGCUGGAACGCGCUGGUGACUUGGCUUUGGGGCAGGCUCCCAGAUCCACACACACACUCCCCGCCUCCCCCCUCCCCCAGUCCAAUGAGGUUGCACUAGAACCCAUUCUGCCUCUGCUUCCUCCUGGGGAGCUUUUCAGGGAGCCACCAUCAGCCUUGAGUUCCUGAGAGAAGGGAAGGCUCACAGAUCCAUGGCAGUAGCCCACUUCCUGAGCGAUCCCUUCCCUUCCCCACAGCAGGCUCCAGGGGGUGGAGGGGAGUAGAGCACAAGGCAGGCUGCCACCUCCCUGCACACGGGUUUGCUUUCUGAACUUCGCCCAUCAACAUUGGCCUUCAGGGAGUCCAGAGUAACCUACUACCUCCCCCAUAGCUCCCCCUCCCUCCUCCUGCAGCCCCACCCACACCUAUGUUCCCUUGGCACACUGAUGAAAACCCACCCACGGAGCCCUGCUCAGGUCUCUCCACCCACUGGUGUAGCUGUCACCAAUGUUUACAACCAAGGGCCACCUCUCGCUGAUGUUUUAACCCUCACCUUCACCAGGCUACCUGUUAGUUUGAGUUUCACCUCUGUCUGCUCCCUCCCUGAUUAGGGUCCACUUGAGUACACAAACCCUGAUUUUACCUUCCCUCCAUCUAAGGCAGUGUGUGAUGACUGUGUGGGAAUGAAAUCUCUUGUACAUACUUAGCACAGCACUUGGGGUAUGAACCCACACCCCUGUUCUGUAACAUUAGCGCUUACUGUAAAACAUCGGGAGAAGUAUAGUAUUGUAUUUGUAACAAUAUCAUUCUUUGUAUACACGAAACUCAAUGAUCUCUAUAUAUAAAUAUAAAUAUAUAUAAAUAAAAUAUAUCUACACGUGAGCCUGGAAUGUUGAUACUGCACACCCACUGAAUGUAUUUCCUCUGACAGUCUGGUCACCGGUCCUGGCCCACCCUCCCCUUCUUUGUGCCGUGGCGGCAGUUGUCUGGUUUGGGGUUGUGAUGUAUUUAAUGUGCUAUCUCCUUAUUUAACUGAACGCUAAUGUCUGUAUAAGAAUUGCUGCAACAAUAAACAAGGACUUCAA